AUGAUUUCAAAGCCCCGUAAACUUUGCCAAUAUUUAUUAGAUAUAGCUUGGGAUGACAAAGGACCUCGUUCCUACCCAAAUCCCAGCCUAAGGCAGGGAGUGAGGUUACAAUUGCUGCUCGAGGUUGAGGGUCACCGCGUCACGGUGAUUGAUCUCGGAGCCUUCGGCAUCAACCUAAGAAGACUAGAUGAGCUUCGUACAUUUUCUGACUACACAAUGCCGAUGUUCGAGGUAAUGGAGUCAAUUCCUCCAGACGAAAAUGUAGUUGUUGUUGGAUAUAGUCUUGGUGGAAUGAACAUGGCCUUUGCAAUGGAGAAAUACCCUUAA